AUGAGCGGUGGGAAAAAGAAAAGGGCAAUGGUCUUAUCUGUUAGUUUGGGUUGCGAUAGGCCUGGCGAGAUGGUCAGGGUGGAGAUGGAAUCUCAUGAAUCGCAUUGCACGGCUGGAUCUGAGGGAUCGGGAUAUGGAGGGGACCACGGCCAACGUGAAGAUGCAAGUAAUGAGGAAUCGUAUGAUCCUGGUGUAAUAUUUCAUUUAUGA